AUGGCUACACCUACAGUUUCGACUCCCGUGAAGACUCACCAUGGGAUCUUCUCCACUAAGACGGCUGGUGGCCGCAUGCCCCUUACGCCUUCACCACGCACUCGCGCAGGAAGUGUGACGUCAAACCACUCCUCCCCAUUCACACCUCCCUGUGGUGCUCAAGAAUCGGGCAAGGAGCAUGGAAAGUCUGUCUAUGGUGGUAACCUCUCUUCAUACUUCGCCAAGUCUGUCUCGAGGACAGCCCGCAACUACCGCGAAUCCCCCAAGUCCAACAUCGCCCGUGCUCGCACGCGCAAGUCUCCCAGACACCUUGAGCUGGGUGUAUCAGAAUGGGCCUUGACUGGCACUGGUCCUUCAUCACAGACUCCUACCAAAGAGCGCCUGCGGAAAGAGGUCGUGAGGAAGGAGGUGACCAAGGAAGUGGCCAGGAAAGAACCGCCGAAGAAGGAGGCAAUCAAGAAGGAGGUGUCGAGGAAGGAAGCACCUAGGAAGGAGAUCACCACUCGGACUACGAGGUCAGGAAAGACAACCGUUCGCAUUCCCCACAACGCAGGUGACAGAUUCAUCCCGAACCGUACUGCCAGUGAGGGACUUGUGACUGCUGGUACAGCCAAGCCAGAGGAAAGCCAACGACCAAAGACCAGUAGCAGCGAUGGAUCCUCCGUCCUUGCCAAUGCCGCGAGUGCUUUCGACAUUGGUGGCCGCGGAACAGAUGAAGACAUCACCGCAGCUCUGGAAAGCCUUGGACUCGAGGAUAACGAGCCAACGACCUCAUACACCAAGCCAGCACCGGAUGCUGUUGCGUACGAGUCAUCUUUGGCAGAUGCCUGUGGUGUCAAUCUGAACACUCGUAUCCUGGCCUUCAAGCCGCCACCCCCAGAGUCUUCCAAGCCCAUUGAUCUGCGCGCCCAGUACAACCGCCCUCUCAAGCCUGCCAAAUCUCAGUCCGCUCAGUUCCGCCGACGUGUCCAAACCGCUCCUGAGCGUGUCCUGGACGCCCCUGGUCUCCUCGACGAUUACUACCUCAAUCUGCUGGAUUGGAGUUCUGGCAACCAGGUUGCAAUUGGCCUGGAGCGCAAUGUUUACGUGUGGUCUGCCGACUCAGGGUCGGUCAGCUGCCUGCUGGAGACUGCACCUGACACCUACGUGAGCAGUGUAAAGUGGAGUGGUGAUGGCGCCUAUGUCGGUGUCGGUCUCGGAACUGGUGAAGUUCAAAUCUGGGAUGUCGAGGAAGGAACCAAGCUGCGCAGUAUGUUUGGCCAUGACUCGCGUGUAGGUGUCAUGGGCUGGUCGAAGCACACAUUGUCUACCGGUGCCCGCAGUGGUCUGGUAUUCAACCACGAUGUUCGCAUCGCACAGCACAAGGUUGCCGAGCUGGUCUCGCACACCUCUGAAGUCUGUGGUCUGGAGUGGAGACCCGAUGGUGCUCAACUCGCCACCGGUGGUAACGAUAAUCUGGUUAAUAUCUGGGAUGCUCGCUCUCUCAGCGCGCCCAAGUUCACUAAGACCAACCACCGCGCUGCCGUUAAGGCCCUCAGUUGGUGCCCCUGGCAGUUGAACCUACUUGCCACCGGUGGAGGUUCUUAUGACCGUCACAUCCACUUCUGGAACACUACUACUGGUGCUCGUACGAACAGCAUCGACACCGGCUCCCAGGUCACCAGCUUGAGAUGGAGCAACCACUACCGCGAGAUUGUCAGCUCGAGUGGAUUCCCCGAUAACUCGCUGAGCAUCUGGAGUUAUCCGACUCUGGUCCGGAACGUCGAGAUUCCUGCCCACGAGACUCGUGUGCUGCACAGCUGCCUUAGCCCAGAUGGUCAACUCCUGGCCACCGCAGCCGCUGACGAGAGUCUGAAGUUCUGGAAGAUCUUCGAGCGCAAGCCUGGAACCAGCGCUGCGGCCUCUCGGGAGGGUGGUGUUGGUAGCAAGGCUCAGAUGACCAAAUCCAUGACCAUUCGGUAA